GGCUACAACAUCUUCAAUAGUUACAAAUCGACAGCGUACAACCAAUAUCAACAACCGAGAGUCGGUUGCGACGAUCAUUGUUGAUGAUGCUGAUCGAGAGAGGAUUCUAGGUAACGCAAACCAGGAGCACCAGCAAAAACAAGUACAAGAGGUAGGAGACGCUGAGAUUAUGGGUUUCCAGAUUGCAUCCGGCACGAACAUCCCUAACUCUUUCCCAGCUUGAGAAGAAGUCAGGGAUGUUCUGAAGAGUGCAAUGGCGGAACCGCUAAUCAGGCUAUUUCUGUAGCGGCAGAAAUGUCGAGUAUCCUGAGCAUAGGCGGUGGCGACAUCUUUAGUCCGGUUUCGGCGAUUAGCAGUGCGAUAAGUCCUCGUGUCAUUUUGUCAGGGACCUCACCGACAGGUGCUGGCGGAGGUGUGGCUAGCUUGGCACACCAGCACAGGACAAAUGCAGCAGACCCAAAAAGGAGAACACAAUCGAAUAUUUCAACUAGUACAGGAAAUGUCGUCUCUGGGUCGGCGAGAACAACAAG